GUCAGAGGUAGUAGUACUCCUACUCCGUAGUUGAGUUACUAGUUUGUAGUCUCGUCUCGUAGUUUUCUUUUCAGUUUUGCGACUUAAUUUCUUCGAAAUCGAAACGCAAAAGAAAACCCUCAGUCCUCAGACCCAGACAAAAAACUAGUAGUUCACCCAAACCCAAAGUGUGAGUCUUUUCAGUUUCAAAACCCAGAAAUUCAUAAAUUCAUACAUUCAGAUUUACAUAGAGAUACAAAAUUCUCAAUUUCUGAGAUUGAACAAACUGAAAAUGGCGUUUUAGAAACAAACACACAAACAAACAAAAUCCCCAAACAAACAAAAAGAAGAAGAAGAAGAAAUGACGCAAAAGUUGGAGUUGCAGCUCAAGGAGCUGGGAUCCAAGUUAGAAACUCCUCCUUCGUCAAAAGACUCUCUUCUCAAGCUCUUCAAGCAAGCCAUUACGGUUCUCUCCGAUUUGGAACAAUCUCCACCAAAAGCAAUAUUGGAGUCAAUGCAACCCUUCUUGAAAGCCAUUGUCAGACCGGAGCUGCUGAAACACCAAGAUAAGGAUGUUAAACUCCUAGUUGCUUCUUGUCUUUGUGAGAUCACUCGUAUCACAGCACCUGAAGCACCUUAUAGUGAUGAAAUUCUGAAGGAUGUUUUUGGUUUGAUUGUUGGUACGUUUAGUGGACUCAGUGAGACAAGUGGACCAUCAUUUGGAAGGAGAGUCAUCAUUUUGGAGACCCUUGCCAGAUACAGAUCAUGUGUUGUGAUGUUAGAUCUUGAGUGCGAUGAUCUAGUUAGUGAGCUGUUCAGGACAUUUCUUGCUGUUGCAAGGGAGGAUCACCCAGAAAACGUUGUAACAUCAAUGAGAACGAUUAUGUAUUUUCUUCUAGAUGAAAGUGAGGAUAUAUAUGAAGACCUGCUACUUAUUUUGCUCUCUACACUGGGACGAAAUAAAAAGGAUGUUACAGAUGCUGGAAGGAAGCUUGCAAUGGAUGUGAUACAACAUUGUGCUGCUAAGCUUGAACCUGCUGUGAAGCAGUUCCUAAUAUCUUCAAUGACUGGGGAAAAUUCUAUGAAAUGUGAAAUCGACUACCAUGAAAUUAUUUACAACUUAUACCGCUGUUCACCUCAAAUUCUGUUAGGAGUUGUUCCUUAUUUGACUGGAGAGCUACUGAAUGACCAGUCAGAAGCUCGUCUUAGAGCAGUUAAUCUGGUCGGUGAACUUUUUGCGUUACCAGAUUCUGCUGUCUCUGAAGCAUUCCAAUCUGUUUUUGUGGAGUUCUUAAAGAGGUUAACCGAUAGAGAAGUUGAGGUUCGGAUGUCUGCCCUUGACUAUGUAAAAAGAUGUCUCCUUUCAAAUCCCGCAAGACCUGAGGCUGCACAAAUAUUUGCUGCCCUAUGUGAUCGGCUCUUGGACUAUGAUGAAAAUGUGCGGAAGCAAGUUGUUGCUGUGGUGUGCGAUGUUGCUUGUUAUGAUCUUAACUCUAUUCCAGUUGAAACUGCCAAACUAGUUGCAGAGCGUCUUCGUGACAAAUCAUUACUUGUGAAGAAAUAUACACUUGAUAGACUUGCUGAGAUUUACAGGCUUUAUUGCUUAAGGUGCAAAGAAGGCUGUACUAAUGAAUAUGACUGGAUACCUGGAAAGAUUUUGAGGUGCUUCUACGACAAAGACUUCCGCUCAGAUGCAAUUGAAUCUAUUUUAUGUGGAUCACUGUUUCCAGCCGAGUUUGCAGUCAAAGAGAUAGUUGGACUUUGGAUACGAAUAUUUGCAGGACUUGACAAAUUUGAGGUCAAGGCUUUAGAAAAGAUAUUGGAACAGAAGCAAAGGUUGCAACAAGAAAUGCAGAAGUAUCUGUCUCUUAAGCAGACGUACAAGGAUGCUGAUGCAACUGAUUAUCAAAAAAAAGUUGUCCAUUUGUUCCGGGUCAUGUCGAGGUUUUUUAUUGAUCCGUCAAAGGCCGAGGAAGGCUUUUUGACUCUCGAUCAGCUGAAAGAUUCAAAUGUUUGGAAAUUGUUACCGGGCUUACUUGAUCCAACUUCUAGCUAUCAUCAUGCUCGAGCUAGUCAGGAAGAUCUACUUAAGAUUUUUGGUGAAAAACACCGGCUCUUUGAUUUCUUGAACUUGCUUUCAGUGAAGUGCUCAUACGCGCUUUUCAGCAAGGAGCAUGUCAAAGAAUUUCUGUUGGAACUUGCAAUUCAAAAAUCUGCUGGAAACACAGAGAAUUGUUUGUCAUGUGUCAACAUGCUGGUGAUCCUGGCAAGCUAUAUUUCUUUCUUAUUCACUGGUAGCGAAGAGGAUUUGCUAAACCUCCUUAAAGAUGACAAUGAAAUUGUUAAAGAAGGCAUUCUGCACGUCUUAGCAAGGGCUGGUGGAACCAUCCGAGAACAGCUAACGUCCUCAGCUAGUUCUGUAGAUCUCAUACUUGAAAGACUAUGUUUAGAAGGGACACGAAGGCAGGCUAAGUAUGCUGUACAUGCUCUUGCGGUGAUAACAAAGGAUGAUGGGCUCCGGUCACUCUCUGUUCUGUAUAAGAGGCUGGUGGAUAUGUUGAAUGAGAAGGCUCAUUUGCCCACUGUAUUGCAGUCACUGGGGUGCAUAGCGCAGACUGCAAUGGCAGUUUUUGAAACUAGAGAAAGUGAAAUUGUAGAAUUCAUUACAGGCAAAAUUCUGCAAUGCAGUAAGAAAGGACAAGACAAACGAAAAGCACGUUGGCGGGAUCAGAGUGAACUUUGUCUAUUAAAGAUUUUUGGUAUUAAAACAUUGGUAAAGAGCUACUUACCCGUCAAGGAUGCUCAUCUUCGAGGUGGAAUUCAGAGUCUCAUAGAAAUUCUUAGAAACAUGCUUACUUUUGGAGAUUUUUCAGAAGAAUUAGAAUCAAGUUCUGUAGAUAAGGCUCACUUGAAGCUUGCUUCUGCCAAAGCCAUACUUCGCCUCUCAAGAUAUUGGGAAAAUAGUAUACCCGCUGAUGUCUUCAAUCUAGCUUUAAGGACAGUUGAGAUAAAUUUCCGUCAAGCUAGGAAAUUGUUCCUCAGCAAAGUUCAUCAAUACAUAAAGGAUCGCAUUCUGGAUCCAAAAUAUGCUUGUGCUUUUCUGAUGGAUAUUUUCGCGUCCAAACAUGCAGAAGUCGACGAGGACAAACGUACUCUUGGUGAUGUUAUACAGAUGUGCCGUCAAAUCAAAGCCCGACAACUUUCUAUGCAAUCUGAUGCUAACUCUUUAGUGCUUUACCCAGAAUAUAUACUUCCUUACCUGGUCCACGCUCUUGCCCAUCACCCUUUGUGCCCUAGAUUCGAAAAAUCCAUGGAUGCCAAAGCCUUGGAACCUAUAUAUCGAGUGCUCUAUGUGUUGCUGUCAAUGAUUUUGCAUGGCGAGGAAGAUAUCAUUCCUGAAACUACUAGCUCUGAGAAGGAAAAGGAUGUUUCUCCUGCUGUUGUUUCUAUCUUGCAAUGUAUCAAGCGAUCAGAAGACGUGGUUGAUCAGUUGAAGUCAAAGAAUUCACAUGCAAUUUCUGAACUUGGGAUGUUGGUCAUCAAGCGCUUAUCUCAAAAAUCAGGUGAUUUACAAGGUGGUGAUGAAUUGGUUUCUUUACCGUCAAUGCUGUAUAAACCAAGUGAUACCAAAGAUGAAGCUAAUGCUGAGGCUGCUGAUGUACUCACAUGGUUGGCUGAUGAUUCUGUGUUAGCCCACUUUGAAUCACUUACAUUUGAAGUCAAUGGAACUGUUCACAUAGAGAUCCCCCAAGAUGAGGUUUUGGAAGAUCUUGAAACAGAAGGCAAUGAGAUUCCUCUAGGGAAACUGAUUAAAAGAAUCAAAUCCCAGAAAAAUAAGGCAAAGACAAUGGUAAAAGGCGAGUCUUCACCAAUAGAAAUUAAAAAUGAAGAUGUUUUACAAGUGGUAAGAGAAAUUAAUUUGGAUAAUAUGGGAUCCUCAAGUAAGAUAGAAGCCAGCAAUGGUCAUGACAAUCGUUUGACUAGAAAAUCGGAAAGUGAAGAUGAAAAUCCGAGUAAGAAAAGGAAGGAAAAUGAUGCCAAAACUUCUACACCCAAGCGUCGAAGAUCAUUAACAGCGAGGAGUCGUUCCAAAUUUUCUUCCUCUGCAAGUGCUAUUAAGCCCUCUGCAAAAGCUAGCUCAAUUGUUUCUCCCUCUACGAAAGAAGAGAAGAAUCGCAGAGAGUCAGAUUUGGUGGCAUCACCGGUUAAAAGGAAAGAGAAGGGUCCCAGAAAGUCAGAUUUGGUGGCAUUGCCGGUCAAAAGGAAACAUAGCAGCAAAGGCAAAGGCUCCAAACACGAGGACACAGAGGGUCGUAAAAUUGAAGAGUCUGAUAUCUCUGAUCAGAAGAGGCCCAAGUUGGCAGACAAUAACAAGAGGGAAAUUGUCAGCAAUGAUAAGUCUUCUGUUGGAUCUGUCAAGAAAAGAAAGAGCAGAAGUGUUGCUGGUUUAGCAAAGUGUACAUCAAAUGCAGAUGAUGGUCCUACUACGGAUUUGAUCGAUUGCAAGAUUAAUGUUUGGUGGCCAAUGGAUAAGCGGUUUUAUGAAGGUGUGGUGAAAUCUUAUGAUCCUGAAAAAAAGAAACAUGUGGUAUUAUAUAAUGAUGGGGAUGUGGAAGUGCUCUGUCUAGGAAAAGAACGCUGGGAGCUCAUUGAUGAUGGCCAUAGGCCUAAAAAGAAGACAAAUACUAAUAAGAGUCCUGCUAAGAUGAUAUCACCCAAGAAAAAAUUUAAGAUUUCAGAUCAAUCAAAACCGAAGAUGUCAAACAAGAGAUCUACUAGCGCUAAGGGGAAAAGAGCUCAGAAGAAAACUUCUAAAACUGAUCGGAGAGAAAGUUUAGAAGGGAAGGCUGCUAGUGCUUCAGAGGAUGUAGAGAACAGAUCUGAUAUAUCAAAUGCUGAGCCAACUGUUUCAUCAGGAAGUGAUGGACUUGAGUCCGGUGAUGUUGAGCAGGACUUGGAUGAUGUUCCUGGGAUCCAGGAAUGUCGUGUGGAAGAAGAAUUAAAUCUUGCCGGAAAGGAAGAAGUUGGAGAGGCUGCUCAGAAUGACACAGAGGAUUCUGGUGAAGAAGCAAGUCCCAGUUCAGAAAGUGGGCAGAUAAAAACUGGGGAGACUAGUCCACAAGAUUCUCACAUUUCUGAUAUGAGUAAAUCACAUGAAGUGGAUAAAAAUAUUGAGAAACCCAGUGGAAUCUCGCAGGAAGAAUGUGAUGAAGGGAAGCAGACUCAGGAAGCUGAGAGUAAUCUCACACCACAACAAACUGAUGAUGACGAUGCUGAUGACGAGCCCCUUAGUACAUGGAAGCGACGGGUUGCCAAAUCACAUCAGUAAAAAAAGGUUGUUUACCAGUGUUCGACUGCACCAACUUUCAUGGAGAACAGAACAGGAUUUACCAUGCACCAUGGACAUGCUAUCUGUUCUAGUUAGUAGUUACCGCCAUCUUCAGAUCAGAUGGAGGAAGAAUUCUAUCUACAGCUGCUGCGUCAUCUGCCCUGAGCUUCUUGCUUGCAUGUCAGCAACUGUGGUAAAUCUCAAGUGAAUUCCAGACACUCAUUGUCGAGCAUUUAUGCUUCUUUGACAGUGAGGUUGGUCUGCAUGGAUGUGCUGGUGUGUGUGACUAUUGAUUGUAGGCAAAAUUUGUGGGUCAUCUGUACAGUUAUAGGCUGUUUGAUCAGUCUUAAUCAAUGUAAUGUAGCAUGGGAAAUGUUCAUGUGCAUUGUUAACAAAGUGUCUGGGCAUUCAUCUUUACUUGUACAUAAACUAUAUUGUAUAAGUAUUUUGUACUGCUUUUUGCAGAUGAAGACCACCAUCUCCUGCCAAACUUUAAGCCUAAGACUUGUGCAUCUGUUCCUAACAUAGUGUAAUUUCUUGUUUGUAAGAGUAUGUCAUACUUCUGUUUUGCAAGGUGGCUUUACCACUGGAUUGUAUCAUUUCUUGGGAAUUGCUUGAUGAUGGGAUAUCUGCAAUUGCAGCUGAUUUUAGGGUUAGGGAUUUGGCUAGCCUUAUUUUGAUUUUUUUAGGUUGAUCCAACUGUUAGAAUUGAGAGAAGCAUAGGGUAGAAGGGUAUCAAACUCUAGAAUAAAAUACUUUUUUGAGUUUUGAUAUUUAGGUGCACCUGUUGUUUGAGGUAAAACUCUGAUUAUCAAUAUUAAUCAUCAAUAUGUAUUGUUCAUUAUUAUAAAUUAUUUCAUUACUUUUAUAUA